AUGGCUCGCUUUGAAGAGGACCUGGCCGGCCGCUACGGAGGCGGCGGCCCCGCGGGCCCGACCAGAGGGGUCAGCCGGCUGCCGGGGGUCCCGAGGGUGUACAAGCAGACGAUGGCCCAGAGAGCCCGGACCAUGGCGAUCUACAACCCCAUCCCCGUCAAACAGAGCUGCCUCGCCGUUAACCGCUCUCUGUUCAUCUUCAGUGAGGAUAACAUCAUACGGAAAUAUGCCAAAAAGAUCACCGAAUGGCCUCCAUUUGAGUACAUGAUCCUGGCCACCAUUAUUGCAAACUGCAUCGUGCUGGCCCUGGAGCAGCACCUGCCGGCCUCAGACAAAACCCCCAUGUCCGAGCGCUUGGACGACACAGAGCCCUACUUUAUUGGAAUAUUUUGUUUUGAGGCUGGCAUCAAGAUCAUCGCUCUGGGCUUUGCCUUUCACAAAGGCUCCUACCUGCGUAGCGGCUGGAAUGCAAUGGACUUUGUGGUGGUCCUAACAGGGAUCCUGGCCACUGUGGGGACAGACUUUGAUCUGAGAACACUAAGAGCGGUGAGAGUACUGCGGCCCCUCAAACUGGUGUCCGGCAUUCCAAGUCUGCAGGUGGUACUGAAGUCCAUAAUGAAGGCCAUGAUACCUUUGCUGCAGAUCGGCUUGCUGCUCUUCUUCGCAAUCCUCAUGUUCGCCAUCAUCGGCCUCGACUUCUAUAUGGGAAAGUUCCAUCGCACCUGCUUCAGGAUAGACACCGACGAACAGGUGGCAGAUUUCCCCUGCGGCCUGGAGGCUCCGGCCAGGAUCUGCGAGAACGGCACCAUCUGCAAGGAGUACUGGACCGGACCCAACUACGGCAUCACUAACUUCGACAACAUCCUCUUCGCUAUUCUCACUGUGUUCCAGUGCAUCACCAUGGAGGGAUGGGUAGAGAUCCUCUACAACGCCAACGAUGCCUCGGGGAACACGUGGAACUGGCUGUACUUCAUCCCCCUCAUCAUCAUCGGAUCCUUCUUCAUGCUCAACCUGGUAUUAGGUGUGCUUUCAGGGGAGUUUGCCAAGGAGAGAGAGCGGGUGGAGAAGAGGCAGGAGUUCCUGAAGCUCCGCAGACAGCGGCAGAUAGAGAGAGAGUUAACCGGGUACCUGAAGUGGAUCUGCAGAGCUGAGGAGGUGAUGCUGGCUGAGGAAGACAAGCAUGCAGAAGAUAAAUCUCUGGAUGGAGCAUGGUACAAAAGGAAACAAACCAACUCUGUGCUCAAAAGAACCAAGAAGAGUAAGAAUGACCUCAUCAACGCUGAAGAGGACAUCUCAUCUGUCGGGUCUCCGCUCACCCGGGCCAGCUUGAAGAGCAAGAACGAGAACGAGAACUCGUCGUACUUCAGGAGGAAGGAGAAGAGGCUCCGCUUCACUAUCCGCCACCUGGUGAAGUCCCAGAGCUUCUACUGGACUGUGCUGUGUCUGGUGGGCCUUAACACGCUGUGUGUGGCCAUCGUUCACUACGACCAGCCGGAGUGGCUCACCUUCGCUCUGUACCUGGCCGAGUUUGUAUUCCUGGGCCUGUUCCUGGCAGAGAUGUCCAUGAAAAUGUACGGCCUGGGACCCCAGAACUACUUCCACUCCUCAUUCAACUGCUUUGACUUUGGGGUGAUUAUCGGCAGCAUUUUUGAGGUCAUCUGGGCGGCCAUCAAACCCGGCGCGUCGUUUGGGAUCAGUGUGCUGCGAGCUCUGAGGCUGCUCAGGAUCUUCAAAGUCACCAAGUACUGGAAUUCUUUGAGGAACCUGGUAGUAUCCCUUCUCAACUCCAUGAAGUCCAUCAUCAGCCUGUUGUUCCUCCUCUUCCUCUUCAUCGUGGUGUUCGCUCUGCUGGGCAUGCAGCUGUUUGGUGGACAAUUUAAUUUUGAAGAUGAAACGCCGACAACAAACUUUGACACAUUCCCAGCAGCCAUUCUCACCGUGUUCCAGAUCCUCACUGGGGAGGACUGGAAUGCAGUCAUGUACCAUGGGAUCGAAUCCCAGGGGGGCGUUAAAGGGGGGAUGUUCACCUCCAUUUAUUUCAUCAUUCUCACUCUCUUUGGAAACUACACGCUGCUCAACGUUUUCUUGGCCAUCGCUGUGGAUAACCUGGCCAAUGCCCAGGAGCUCACUAAGGAUGAAGAGGAGCAAGAGGAGGCCAUCAAUAAGAAGCUCGCACUCCAGAAAACAAAGGAGGGGAAGGAGGUCAGCCCCAUGUCAGCCACCAACAUCUCCAUCACAGCUUUUCUAACACGCAGUCGAGGUAACGCGCACUCUAGCAGCUCAUCCAUCUGCAGCGUUAACUCACUGAGUUAUGUCUGCACCCCAGUCCAUCACUACCUGAGUAAGGAGCAGCAGAAGUCACUGAAGACCAUGUCAGUGUGGGAGCAGAGGGCCAACCAGCUGAGGAGGCAGAACCAGACCAGCUGUGAGGCGCUCUACAGCGAACUGGUCCGGUCCGACAUGAAGACCCACCUGGACCGGCCCCUGGUUGUUGCGCCUCUGGACAGGUCAUGUCCUGCCGGCCACCAGCACCACCAUCACAAUGCCUGCAUGCCAGAGGAGGCAGAGGCUGCCACUGACCCCCCCCCUCCUGCUCCUCUCCAGCCCCGCCGCCACCACCGCCACAGAGACCGGGACCGGGCCAGAACCAGGGAGGAGGCUAACGAAAAUGGGGGCACCAGUAAGGACCGGGGGCACCACGUCCAUCACAGCCGGUCUAAAGAGCCCGGCGACAGCCAGGGAAAAGAGGCAAAGAGCGAGAGGUCCCGCAGCCGAGAGGGGGGCAGGAGGCAUCACCUUCAGAGCUCAGUGGAUGACAGCGGUGGGGGAGGAGUCACGAGCGAGAGAGGGCAUCGGCAUCAUCAUUCACACCGGCAGUCCCGGAGGGGCAACAGGACAGUGAACAGUGGGGAGAAGGGAGAGCGAAGAUCCUGCCCCAAAGAUGGACGUUCAUCCAACAGGGAGGGGGAGAGGAACUCCAGAGGAGUCAGUGGUGCCAAUGGAGAGAGGAGGAGGCGUCACACUCAAGGGUCCAGGGGCCAAUCCACAGCUGAAGGGGAGGAGUCCAACGAGAAGGAGAAGACCCACAGUCACAGACCCUUUCUCUUUCCUGGGGACAGGUUUGCUGACUCAGAGGGGGAGUCCCUCCCUCUCUCCCCCCAGCAGGGCUCUGGGGGGGCUGACUGGCCGAGCGACCGACCAGAGGAUUCAGACAACCAGAGGAACGUCAGAAGAACCUGCCAAUCCUCCAUCCAUGUUCCUCCUGUGACUAUCACCUCCCCCCCUGGAGACACCACCCUCAUACAGAUGAACAGUAUGGACUGUGAGACCAUGCCCAUGAAUGAUAAGACCCUGGCGGAGCUGGCUCCAAGUGGACCCAAACCCAUCCUGCCUUACAGUUCUAUGUUCGUCUUUGGACAGACCAACCCGGUGAGGCGGUUAUGUCACUACAUCGUGACUCUGCGAUAUUUUGAGAUGAGCAUCCUGGUUGUGAUUGCUAUGAGCAGUAUCGCUCUGGCAGCAGAGGACCCGGUCUGGACCAACGCCCCGCGCAACAAUGUGCUCAAAUAUCUGGACUAUGCUUUCACUGGGGUUUUCACUUUUGAAAUGGUGAUCAAGAUGGUGGACCUUGGCCUGUUGCUUCAUCCUGGAGCCUACUUCAGGGACCUGUGGAACAUUCUGGACUUCAUAGUGGUCAGUGGGGCGCUGGUGGCUUUUGCAUUUUCGAGCUUCAUGGGUAGAUCGCAACAAGGUGUUACCAGGGGGACCAAAGGCAAAGACAUCAGCACCAUCAAGUCACUGAGAGUUCUCCGAGUGCUCAGGCCUCUCAAGACCAUCAAACGUCUGCCGAAACUCAAGGCGGUGUUCGACUGUGUUGUCAAUUCUUUGAAGAACGUGCUGAACAUCCUCAUUGUUUACAUCCUCUUCAUGUUCAUCUUUGCCGUCAUCGCAGUUCAACUGUUCAAAGGGAAAUUCUUCUUCUGCACAGACGAGUCCAAGGGCCUGGAGAAAGACUGCAAAGGACAGUUCCUGGACUAUGACACAGAGGAGGUGGCGGCGAUGCCCAGGGAGUGGAGGAAGUACGAGUUCCAUUAUGACAAUGUGCUGUGGGCCUUCCUGACCCUCUUCACUGUCUCCACUGGGGAGGGCUGGCCAACUGUCUUGAAGCAUUCUGUGGACGCUACCUUUGAAGACAAGGGCCCCAGUCCAGGCUACAGGAUAGAAAUGUCCAUCUUCUAUGUGGUGUAUUUCGUGGUCUUUCCUUUCUUUUUUGUCAACAUCUUCGUUGCUCUGAUCAUCAUCACCUUCCAGGAGCAGGGAGACAAGGCCAUGUCUGAGUGCAGCUUGGAAAAGAACGAGAGGGCUUGUAUUGACUUUGCCAUAAAUGCCAAACCUCUGACCCGCUACAUGCCCCAGAACACACAGUCCUUCCAGUACAGGAUGUGGAAGUUUGUGGUCUCACCUCCAUUUGAGUACUCCAUCAUGAUCAUGAUUGCCCUCAACACUGUGGUGCUUAUGAUGAAGUUCCAUGGAGCUCCAGACUUUUAUGAAGCGAUGCUCAAGAACCUCAACAUCGUCUUCACCACUCUCUUUUCUCUGGAGUGUAUCCUCAAGAUCAUUGCUUUUGGUCCAUUGAACUACCUAAAGGAUGCCUGGAACGUGUUUGACUUUGUCACAGUGUUGGGCAGCAUCACUGACAUCCUGGUGACUGAAAUCAAUACUACGGACAGGCUGCUGAACCUGAGCUUCCUGAGGCUGUUCAGAGCGGCCCGGCUCAUCAAGCUGCUGAGACAGGGCUACACCAUCCGCAUCCUGCUCUGGACCUUUGUCCAGUCCUUCAAGGCCCUGCCUUAUGUUUGCCUUCUGAUUGCUAUGCUGUUCUUCAUCUAUGCCAUCAUUGGGAUGCAGGUGUUUGGCAACAUUGCGAUGAAUGAGGACACAGCCAUUAAUCACCACAACAACUUCCGCACUUUUCUCCAAGCUCUCAUGCUGCUGUUCAGGAGUGCAACUGGUGAGGCCUGGCACGAGAUCAUGUUGUCAUGUCUGAGUCACCGAGCCUGUGACGAGCGAUCCGGCUCCCAGGGGAAAGAGUGCGGCAGUGAUUUUGCUUACUUCUACUUUGUCUCCUUCAUCUUUCUCUGCUCCUUCCUGAUGCUGAACCUGUUUGUGGCUGUGAUAAUGGAUAACUUUGAGUACCUAACCAGAGACUCCUCCAUCCUGGGGCCUCAUCACCUCGAUGAGUUCAUCCGGGUGUGGGCCGAGUACGACCCGGCUGCAUGUGGCCGUAUCAAGUACCUCGAUAUGUAUCAGAUGCUGCUCCACAUGUCCCCACCGUUAGGUUUGGGAAAGAAAUGUCCGCCAAGAGUCGCCUACAAGCGCCUUGUCAAAAUGAACAUGCCCAUCGCCGAGGACAACAGCGUCCACUUCACCUCCACCCUGAUGGCCCUCAUCCGCACUGCCCUGGAGAUCAAACUGGCCUCAGGCAUGGUAGCCCAGCGACUCUCUGACGCUGAGUUAAAGAAGGAGCUGUCCACAGUGUGGCCCAGCCUCUCUCAGAAGACCAUGGAUCUGCUGGUGACCCCACACACAGCCAAUGAGCUGACGGUGGGGAAGGUGUAUGCGGCCCUGAUGAUCUUUGACUACUACAAGCAGAACCGAGCGCGGAGGCUGCGGCUGCAGCAGCAACAGGGCGCUUCAGGCUCACAGUGCAAGGUCGGGGCUCUGUUUAAGCCAUUGCUGCCUCUGACUCACAUGCAGGAGAAAGAUCUGCCUAUGAUGCUAAACAGUGUGGAGCCUCCCAGCAUGCUUCAGCCCAAAUCCAAGUCCCAGCUACAGACCAGACCUAGCUCCAACUCCCUGAACAACGGAGGCACGCUGCCAGGACAUGAGCACAGCAUAAAGGCAUCAUCCUCCUGGGUGAUGGAAAAGUCAAAGGAAGCGUCCCGAGCUAAGACUAAGAGGAUCAUGUCCCGGGGCCCCUCAGAGGACACACCGGCCCCUCCCCUCAUUCAGGAGUCUGUGGAGAUGAGGAAGAUGGAGACCAGUGCCAGCAGUAUGCACCCAGUGCCUGGCUACGGUCUGGAGACCCAGGCCCGAGCUGCCUCCAUGCCUCGACUCAACGCUGAGCUGCAGCGGAGCCACUCACGCCACUCUCCAGGGAUCCAACUGGCUUCUGUCCCUGAUGCCAGCCCUAUGAAGCGCUCCGCCUCCACUGUGGCCCCACAGCGGCCCGAGGAGGUCAACCUGAGGGACUACACCCUGGAAAAACCCAGCCAGGACCACCACCACCACCACCACCGCUGCCACCACCGCAGAGACAGGGACAGAGACAAAGACAGAGAGAGGAGACAGAGGUCUCUGGAUGUCCCUCUGGGGGGACAGCCCCCCGGCUCUGCUGGGGCAGCAGGAGAGCAGGAGUCUGACCCGGCGCCCCCCAGGGAGCGAGCCCCCGAGCGCGGACGCUCCCAUGACAGGAAGCACCACUCCUCCGCUGACAAGCAGCGCUACUACUCCUGCGACCGCUACUGCAGCCGGGAACACUGCCACACCAAAUCUGCAACCGCCAGCUGUGCCGCCUCCCCCAGCGAGGGGCAGGACACCAGCAACAAGCAGGGCAGUGGUUGGGAUAAAGACAACCCAGUGGCACUGAGUUCCAGUUCUAGAACGUCAAGCCGUGGACGCCGGCUUCUCCCUCAGACCCCCCUCACCCCGCGGCCCGGGGUGGCUUACAAGACUGCCGCCUCCUCUCCUGUGCACUUUGUGUACAGCCGACUGAGCCGCGGCCUGUCGGAGCACAACGCCCUGCGGCACAGCGGCUCCCCCCACCUUCCCUGUCCCGUCACUCGCAUCAGCUCUGAGCCCUUCCUGGGCGGGGGCCACAGUGAGGCCCCCAGCAGCCUCUAUGGCAGCCUUCGGGACCAGCUGGACGUUUUUCAGGAUGCGGUGUCACGGUCGCCCAGCCCCCGUGCCGGACGCUCAUCUCGGACCGCACCUCCUCACAUGAUAGGAGACGUACUUCCCGCUCAGCAGCAGAACCUCGGGGUGCCCAACGGGUUCCACUUCAGCUCCGGGGGCAGCAGCAGCCCUGGCUCUGGGCUCCCCAGGUAUUACCAGGAGGCAGAGGAGGACGAAUGGUGCUAG